AUGGGUAACUGCAUGAGUUCGAGGGGAGGGGACGAUGAAGGUCAGAAGAAGAAGAGUCAGGCAAUCGAUCGUGGCCUUGAAGAAGACUCCAAGAAGCUACGGCGCGAGUGCAAGAUCCUACUGCUGGGUACGUUGGCCAUGAAGCUCGGCAAGUCGACCAUUGUCAAGCAGAUGAAGAUCAUCCACCAAAACGGCUACAGCGUCGACGAGUUGCGCCUGUAUAGGCAUACCAUCUACAAAAACGUCAUCGACUGCGCCAAAGCUCUCAUCGGCGCAAUGCAACAAUUCGACAUCGCUCCAGAAAACCCAGAAAACGUUCAGCAUUGCGAGAUGAUCAUGCAAUUUACAGUCGACCCAGACCCGAAUGCUCACCUGGACGCCAGAUGCGCUACCGCCAUAACUGCAAUCUGGAAAGAUCCGUGUAUACCCAAAGUCCUCGACCACUCGAGCGAGUUCUACAUGAUGGACUCGGCAUCAUACUUCUUUGACGAAGUCCACAGAAUAACACAGGACGAUUACUGCCCGACGGAAGCAGACGUAUUAAGAGCAAGAACAAAGACUACAGGUAUCUACGAAACGCGAUUCCAGAUGGGUCAACUCAGCAUUCACAUGUUUGAUGUCGGCGGUCAACGAAGUGAGCGCAAGAAAUGGAUCCAUUGUUUCGAAAACGUUACAUCCAUCAUCUUCUGUGUUGCUCUCAGUGAGUACGACCAGGUGCUCCUAGAGGCCAGUGAUCAGAACCGCAUGAUGGAAAGUUUGGUCCUCUUCGACUCGGUCGUCAACUCAAGAUGGUUUAUGAGAACAUCUAUCAUCCUUUUCCUCAACAAGGUCGAUCUGUUCAGGCAAAAGCUGGGUAAAUCGCCGCUCUCCAACUACUUCCCGGACUACUCGGGCGGAAACGACGUGAAUCGCGCAGCAAAAUAUCUACUCUGGAGGUUCAACCAGGUCAACAGAGCGCAUCUCAAUCUAUACCCUCAGUAA